AUGCACCCGAUGGAAGGCAAAACUCUGGCAUGUGAAAGCAACUGGAAAAAGAGAAUCGUGCGCGAAGCAAUAGAAAUAAAAGAAAAAGAUCCAUACAUGAACAGAGAUGCGCUGGAGGCCAUCGGCAACUGGCAGGACGCGUCGUCAGCAGCCCAGGCGAGGAGGCUCCUGGCUUCCGUGAGGAACCUCGAGUUCCUUGUCUCGCUCCAUGUAGCGGCAGAUAUCGGGGGAGUCGUGCGCCCUCUGUCCAUACAGUUGCAAGCAAGGAACCAAGACGCCGUCCAGGCUAUCGGACUAGUCCACACCGCCCAACAGAGUCUGGAGAAUCGACGAGAAAAAGCAGAAGAGGCUUUCAAAACUCUGUUCGAUCAUGUGCAAGAAACUGCCAUGCGCCACGACAUCGAUGUCAAACAGCCCAAACGCCUUGUUAAAAGGCAAAGGCACCGUGAGAACUACCAGACAGACUCGGCGGAGGAGUUCUUCCGCGUGUCAAUUUUCGUUCCAAUGCUGGAUUGUACAAUCCAAGAGCUCAAGGCACGCUUCUCGGACCAUACAAAGCGAGCGAUGAGAAUCAGCUUGCUGGUUCCCCGUCAGCUCCAGCAGGCUGGGAGUGGGACUGUCGACCCCGGCCGUCUGCGCGAGGUGUGUGAGCGGUACGGCAACGCCGGAGUGCUCGACUACACCGCCGCAUCACUGAGGCUCGAGACGGACCGUUGGAUUCGGCUGUGGAAAGACUCAGAAGAGGAAGACGCCCCAUCGACCGUUCUGCAGUCUAUCGCGCGGUGCCCAAGGGAACACUUCCCUACGAUCUGGAGGCUGUUUGAAAUCGCAGCAGUCCUCCCUGUGACGUCGGCUGAGGCCGAGAGAAGUUUCAGCACGGUACGUCAGCUAAAAUCGUACCUGAGGAGCACGAUGGGCGAGGAGCGGCUCACAGCACUGGCACUCAUGCAAAUUCACCCAGAACUGGUGCCAUCACCCGCUGCGAUCCUCGACGCCUACCACAGAAAUCGCACAGGAGGCUGCGACUGA